UAUAAGUCAAAAUCCAUAGUACAAAAAAAAGUGAAAAGAAGAGAACUAAUUUUAAAACAAUCGGGCCUUCCGAAAGUUGUUUUAGAAGUGGCAAACUAGCUCCAAAGCCAUAACCAUAAUGGCCCUUAUAAACCCCUUCUCUGUCCAAGCAAUAGUUUUGAUGACAUUGGCUUUCAGCAUAGUCUCAGGCACCCCGCUAUCCAAUCACUUGGCCUGGGAUCGUUUGGAUAAAACCUGCCUCUUUCCAAAAUGCGAUGAACAAUUGAAUAUCGCUUUCCUAGAACAAUUGGCCAAACACAUGAACCCGAGUGUAGAUCCUUGUAAGGAUUUCCAUCAAUAUGCCUGUGGCCAUUGGAAGACACAUCAUCAGGAGGCUACGAUGCCGCUCCAUGCUGAAAAACUAAUGGUCGACAAAUUCCAUAAAAUCUUCACCGAUCAUAGAGAUCGAGCUGAACUAAAAAAUGAUCCAGUGUAUCGAAAAUUACAACACUACUACGAUGUGUGUGUGCAUACGCUGGAGAGAGAAGAGGACUACCAGUUGGAGCAGUAUAUGCAGGCAAUGAAAGCAUUGGGUCGCUUGCAAUUAACACCGGAAACACAUUGGCUUAAAACUCUCAGGGAGUUGAAUGAGUUCUCAAAUCUGCAAUUGUUUGUCUAUGGCAAUGUGGGACGCUCUAAUGUAUCUGUAUCUAAGUUGUACAUAUCUCCUCAAAGUACAAAGGCGGCGUUUAACCUGACGCAGGAGGUCUACAAUCUCCUAAGGCACCACAAUUACACCCAAGCGCCGUUAAGUGAGUUGGAAAAGCGUUUUAACACCCUCGAAGCAGAUUUGUUACACAUUGUGGAUAGCUGUACGCACAAAAUGGAAGACAGUAAUGACGAAGAGGGAUGUGAGAGCAACAUAGAUAAAACUUGGAAUGAAUUGUUGCAACACAACUCAUCGAUGUAUUGGAAGUUGUUGUUCGAAGACUAUGCCUUGCAACCCCACCAUACAGUGGGCGUAACAAAACUAAACUCAAUGCUGGAAAUGUUUCAAUAUUUAGAUUCUCAGCAGCAGCAAACUUUGUUUCUAUACUCCUUAACACGCUUUCUCAAUUACCUGCAAGAGCUUACCCUCAAUCUAAGAAGUGACAAAGAUUCACCUGCUCCCCAGGUAUGCCUGCGACACAUGCAGAAAUAUUUCUUGCUCUCCAUGAACCAUGUCUACCAGAAAAUCUACUUUGAUGCUCAAAAACGAGCGCUGUCACAAGCAGUCAUAGCAGAGUUGUUUGAGCAAAUCAAGCAUCAGCUUAGCUUGAGAAUAGAGCAAAAUGACUUGGAAUUGCAACCGGAGAGCCUUGAAUAUUUCACAAAGAAGCUGCAGAUGCGUCAACUGAAUAUUGGCAAUGUGCCCAAGAAUGUUAGCCUCAACUUCUACGAGCAGCAUAUGGCAGAUUUGAAUGUAGCCCCUCAUCACAAUUUCUAUCACAAUCACCUGGAGGCCUUACGCCAUUUCCAGGGUCUUGCGGUCAAUUUAAGCUCCACCCAAAGCAUCUUGCAUAGCUUUGAACUUCUAACGCCCGACAUGCCUAAUAUUGCCUAUAAUUCCCCAUUUUGCAGUCAAAAUUUGAUCAUCAUACCCUUCAGCUAUUUGCAAGCUCCCUUUUAUGAAAAUGGUCUAUGGCCUGCCCUCUUGUAUGGCAACUUUGCCAAUAUGCUGGGCCAUGAGUUGACCCAUGACUAUGAUGCUAACAAUUUCAGAUUCGAUUAUGGAGGCAAUUAUAAUAGCCAGCAGGCCUAUGCGAUUUCUCAAAACUCCCAAUUUCAACGAAAUGUCAGAUGCCUGGAAAAGGUGCCCACGAAUUUUUUAACGGAGCGCAUAGCCGACAUAGGAGGCUCCCGUUUGGCCUUGAAUACCUUUGCCAAGAGUUCGCAAUAUCUGAAGGAAAAUGGCAAAAUAUUCUUUCUGCAGUAUGCCCAAUUCUUUUGUGGUGGAGCGGAUGAAAAGAAAUUUGCCACACAAGAUCCGUCGCAUGAUGUGGACAGUGUGCGUUUGAAUUAUACUCUCUCCCAACUUCCAGAGUUUGCUGAAGUAUUUGAGUGUCCGCCGGGAAGUCCCAUGAAUCCCAGUGAGAAGUGUGAAUGGUGGUAGAGAUGAGAAAUUAAAUAUUGUUAUAAGAAAUCAAGAAUGUCAAUAAAUUUAAGUAUUUCUUAAAUAUUUGGA